ACUUUGUCCGCUUAAUUACUCCGCUACCAAUCAUCAAUACUCAUUACGACUAGCAACCAUCAUGGAUCAAGACCUCUCCGCCCAGCCCAAUGGAGUCAGCGACCCCGCCGUCGAGAACAAGAUCAUCAACGAAGAGUACAAGGUCUGGAAGAAGAAUGCCGUCUUCCUGUACGACGUCAUCUACAGUAGAGCUUUGGAAUGGCCCACCCUCACAACCCAGUGGCUGCCCGAUGUGCAGUCCAUGCCCGACAAGAACUUUUCCACUCAUCGCCUUUUGAUCGGAACACACACUAGUGGUGCCACUCAGGACUACCUUCAGAUCGCAACUGUCGACCUCCCCAACAAGCCUGCUGUCAAUCCCGCCGACUAUGAUGCAGAGAAGGAGGAGAUUGGUGGCCACGGCGCUGCGAAACAGCCCAUCUCCUUCAAUGUCAUCCAGAAGAUCAACCACCCUGGAGAGAUCAACAAGGCUCGUUACAUGCCGCAAAAUCCAGACCUCAUCGCUACCAUGACCAUUCAGGGAGACGCCCUGGUCUUUGACCGCACAAAACACACAAACAUUCCCAAGACAAACCAGGUCGACGCCCAGAUCGAACUAAAGGGUCAUGAGAAGGAAGGCUUUGGCCUCGACUGGAAUCCUCACUUCGAGGGUCAACUGGCCACCGGUAGCGAAGACCAGACUGUUCGCGUCUGGGACAUCAACAAUUUCUCAAAGGCAGACAAGACUCUGACCCAUGCACGCAUCUUCACACAUCACAGCUCUACCGUCAACGACGUCCAAUGGCAUCCUAUGCACGGCAAGAACCUGCUGGGAACCGUCGCAGAUGACAAAACUUUCUGCCUCAUGGACCUACGUACUGCUUCCAACUCGACACCAGCUAUAAGAAUAACCGGCCACACGGAUGCUAUCAACACUUUGGCUUUCCAUCAGAAGCACGACGUUCUCUUUGCCACUGGUUCGGCUGAUCGUACUGUGGGAAUUUUCGACAUGAGAUUCCCUGAGCAUGGCAAGAUUCACAGCAUGGAGGGUCACCAAGAUGUCGUUACUAAGAUUGAGUGGCAUCCUCACGAUCCCUGCAUUCUUGCCAGCAGCGGCGACGAUCGUCGUGUCAUCUUCUGGGAUAUCAGCCGCGCAGGAAGCGAACAAACUCCUGAUGAUGCUGAGGAUGGCCCACCAGAGAUGCUCUUCAUGCACGGUGGACACACCAGUCGCGUCUCGGACUUCAGCUGGAACAAGAACGACCCGUGGAUGAUGUGUUCGGUGGCGGAGGAUAACUUGAUUCAAUGCUGGCGUGCAUCCAGGAACUUGGUCGAAACCUUGCCUCCCGGUAUUCCACGCCGCGAAGUGUCUGUAUCACAAUAGAGCAAAGGCUGACUUUAGGUUCUUUUUCCCAGCCACGAUGAGAGACCUCCAGG